GCAGGGAAUCUAGGAAUGGACUUGGUGGCCUUUGAGGAUGUGGCUGUGAUCUUCAGUCUGGAGGAGUGGGCUUUAUUGGAUUCUCCACAAAAGAAACUCUACAGAGAUGUGAUGCAGGAAACCUUCAGGAACCUGGCCUCUAUUGGAAAGCAAUGGGAAGAUUAUGACAUUGAGGAUCAGUACCAAAACCAAAGGAGAAAACAAAGAAAUCCAAUGUUUGUGGUAUUCUGUGAAGGGGAAGAGAGUAGUCAUUGUGGGGAAAACUUCAGCCUUAUUCCAAAUCUUAGUCUGAAGAAGAAAACUCUUUCUGGAGUAAAGCCAUGGGAAUAUUGUGUGUGUGGGAAAGUAUUCAUGCAACAAUCAUCCCAUAAUAUGCACAUCAGAUGUCACACUGGAAACAAGCCAUAUGAGUAUCAACAUUAUGGAAACAAGCUAUAUAACUAUGAUGUAUGUGGGAGCACCCUCAGUUAUCUUCAGUGUUUGGACAACCAUGAAAUAAAUCACAGUGGAGAAAAAGCCUAUCUAUGUAAGGAAUGUGGGAAAACCUUUAAUUCUUCAACUUCAUUUCAGAUACAUGAAAGAUCCCACACUGGAGAAAAACCUUAUAAAUGUAAACAGUGUGGUAAAGCCUUCAGUUGUCUCAGUUAUCUUCGACGUCAUGAAAAAGUUCACACUGGAGAGAAACCCUAUGAAUGUAAGGAGUGUGGGAAAACCUUCAGAUAUUAUCAAAAUUAUCGAAGACAUGAAAAUAAAUUUACUGGAGAGAAGCCCUAUGAAUGUAAAGAAUGUGGAAAAGCCUUCAUAUGUUAUCAGAGUUUUCGAAGACAUGAACGAAAUCACAGAGACGUGAAACCAUAUGUAUGCAAGCAGUGUGGUAAAACAUUUAGUUGUCUUCGUUAUCUUCGAAAACAUGAAAGAAAUCACACUGGAAAGAAACCCUAUGAAUGUAAAAAAUGUAGUAAAGCAUUUAGAUAUCCCAGUGAUCUUCAAAAGCAUGAAAGAAACCACACUGGAGAGAAACCCUUUGAAUGUGUGGAAUGUGGUAAAGCCUACAGGGAUCCCAGUUCCUUACAAAAACAUCAAAGAACUCAUGUUGGAGAGAAACCCUAUGAAUGUAAAGAAUGUGGCAAAGCUUUCAGUUCUCAUCAGUGUGUCCUAAUACACGAAAGAAAUCACACUGGAGAGAAACCCUAUGAAUGUAAAAUAUGUAGCAAAACAUUUGGUUAUCCCAGCUCUCUUCGAUAUCACAAAAGAACACAUACUGGAGAGAAAUCCUAUCAAUGUAAGGAAUGUGGAAAAGCCUAUAGAUAUCUCAGUUCCUUACGAAUACAUGAAAGAAUUCAUACUGGAGAGAAACCUUAUGAAUGUAAGGAAUGUGGGAAGUCCUACAGAUGUUAUCAAAGUUUCCAAACACAUGAAAGGAAUCACACUGGAGAGAAACCAUAUAUAUGUAAAAACUGUGGUAAAGCAUUUAGUUGUCUCCAUUAUCUUCGAAAACAUGAAAUAAAUCACACUGGAAAGAAACCCUAUAAAUGUAAAAAAUGUAGUAAAGCAUUUAGGUAUCCCAGUGAUCUGCAGAAACAUGAGAGAAACCACAGUGGAGAGAAACCCUUUGAAUGUAAGGAAUGUGGUAAAGCCUACGGAGAUCACAGUUCCUUACAAACACAUGAAAAAACUCAUACUGGAGACAAACCUUAUGAAUGUAAGGAGUGUGGGAAAGCCUUCAAAUGUUAUCAAAGUUUUCAAACACAUGAAAGAACUCACACUGGAGAGAAACCAUAUGUUUGUAAAAAGUGUAGUAAAGCAUUUACUUGUCUCCGUUAUCUUCGAAAACAUGAAAGAACUCACACUGCAAAGAGCCCUAUAUAUAUACGCAAUUUGGAAAAGUCUUCAUUUAUCACACAACCUUUCAAAAUGUGAAAAUACACACUGAAGAUAAAUGAUACUAAUGUGCAAAAAUUUGGAAAGACUUCAGUUGUCUCAGUUUCGUUCAAAAGCAUAAAAAGGACUCACUGGAUAAAAACUCUUGAAUGUAAAAUUUUGGAAAGAUUUGGAUUGGUGCACAUUUUUACAAGUGAAAAUUCCCUUCAAAAAGGAAAUGAAAAUGUAAGUAACAUGAGUAAAUUAAUAGAAAUUAAUCAAUGUAUAAUGUGCCAGAAAGUGUAUAGUGUGAAAGAGUCCUCGUUCAUGUGUGAAUAUAUUGUGUCUAUUGAACUCCUUUCUGUACUUCACCACUGGGCUGUGGAUUUCUACUAAUUACUUUCAGAAAUGAAUAUUCACAUGAGAUAAUAA